AAAAUGCCCCCAUGUGGAAUCCCCAAAUUGCCCCCCUCUAAUGCCUAUUAAUUGGGCUUCAUCUUCUUCAUUGGAAGAUAUCUGAAUAGAAGAGAAAAAUCAGUUUCUCCUCCUCUCUCUCUCUCUCUCUCAAUUCUCUCAACCAUUUCUUAUCAAUUUAUAACAAAUGUGGCUUAUUUAUAUAAUCUCUCCAAUAUUAUUACAAACAUUAAAUUUUAUCAAAUCUUUUGAGCGGCCUUACCCAGAUUCGAUCUUCCAGCAGCUGCAACCAAUUAAAAGCCUCAAGUAAGGCAUCACAAGUUCUCUAUCAAGAGAAAUUUUCCUUUCCUAUUUUCUAGCCAAACAAACACUCUUUAGAGCUAAUCAAUUAAACACAUUGAAACUACAAUGAUCGAAUCUGUUCCUACUAGCCGUGGAAUUCAAGGAUAUUCAUAUACCUCUGUCACCCUAAAGAAAAUAGCUACAGUGAUACCUGCAAAGCUGCAGCGCCAGAAUUACUUUUUCUGGAAGCUACUUUUCGAGCAAAUCUUUAGUCGUUACAAGCUCAUGGGAAUUAUUGAUGGCAGCGAACCUUGUCCAGCUCAGUUCUUGACGGACAAGGAAGGAAAUGAUCUCACUGAUCAAAUUAAUCCAGCCUUUGAGAUUUUUCAGGAGAAGGAUCAGGCCAUGUUAACCUGGAUGAGGUCAACAUGUUCUGAACAUGUCCUCCCAUUCACAGCAGGACUCGCUUCGUCGCGUGAGCUUUGGCUAAACCUCGAGAAGAGAUUUCAGGUUGUUGGCGUGUCCUCGGAGUACAGGAGAAACCUGGCGGCCGCUGCUUUAGCAACAACCGACAUUUGCGAUGCACAUCCUGACCUUCUGGCCAGUGGAGACCUGCGUCUUGUGCCGCAAGUGUUCCAGAAAUAUGGAAAAUGAUAGGCAUUCGCAGGCCCUGUCGUGACGCUGAAGGUGUUUGAGGACAAUACUUUGGUUAUAGAGCUUCUCUCCACGAAGGGCGAGGGUAGGGUUUUAGUGGUUGAUGGAGGAGGAAGCAUGCGACGUGCUGUCACCGGAGGGAUGCUGGCUCGGUCGGCUGAGAUUAUGGGAUGGGCUGGGAUUGUGAUAAAUGGUUGCGUGAGAGAUGUGGAUGAGAUCAAUGAAUGUGAGAUUGGGUUGAGAGCUUUGGCAACUUGUCCAGUGAGACCUAUCAAAAACGACUCUGGGUCUGGCCAAAAGCAUGUUCCUGUAAGUAUUGGAGGGGUCUUGAUUCACGAGGGAGAAUGGUUGUAUGCGGAUGGAGAUGGCAUCCUUGUCUCCUCAUCCGAACUGUCUAUUUGAACCCUAAUUAGUUAGGGCAUUGUUAAUGUAGGUUGCUUGUGAUGGUCACAGCUUAAAUUGCUGAGCCAAUAUAUGGCAUUUGGAAUUUGAUGCAAAGUAAACUGUUUUCCUGCUUUGCUGUUGCUGGCCGGAUUGCGGCGGUUCUUCAAGUGGUGAUGUGCAGUUCGUUUAGAGUUUGGUUGGUUUAUGUUUAACUUUUCUUUGGGCUUUGGUUUUUUUUUUUUUUUCAGUGUAUUUUAAUUUGAUAAAGGAAGAUGCCAAAUCCGUCUCAAAGAUACCGGUCAACGAGACUUUAUGGGUUUUCUAAAGGCAGAGAUGCACACAGCCCCUACACUCAUGUCCUUUUUUUCCAUUUUUCUUUUUCAAUCCGUACACUGAUGUCUGAAUAAGGAACUAUUUUAAUGAAAAUUUUUCAUUGAUA